UUUCAGCCACCCUUUCCUCUCCUCUCUGCCCCUCAGCGCCCAUUCGUGCUUCUUGCCACUCUCGCCGCCGCCGCCUUCGCUGUCCUCGCCGUCGCUGGCCUCUCGCCUCGCCGUCGCCGUCCUCUCGCCUCGCCGUCGCCGUCCUCUCGCCUCGCCGUCGCUGUCCACUCUCGUCGCCGUCGCCGUCGCUAGUGGCUAUCGCCUCACCUCGCCGUCGCCUUCUUGCCACUCUCGCCGUCGCUGUCCUCGCCGUCGCUGUCCUCUCGCCUCGCCGUCGCCGUCGCUGGCCACUCUCGUCGCCGUCCCAGGCCUUCCAGAUGCCUCGAAGAGCAGUAUCAUCUAGAGGUAGAGGACAUAGCCAGCAGCUCUCUACGAAUGAAACAGAUGAGCCAGUUCAGAUGCAAGAGGAAACACUGGAGCACACUCCAGCAGCAUUAGGGGGACAAGCAAACACAUCAUCAUCAUCAUCAGUUCGAACUAGAGGUCCGAACUUGGGACAUCCUAUCCCAUCAAACCCGUCUGAUCGGCAAUUGAUCAGAUUGAAAGGAAAUGUCUUUUUAGAUUCCACAGUUACUAGAUCAAUCAGUAAUGACAUUAAGAUGCGCUACACUGCUCCAUGGAAAACUUGGUCAGAAAUACCUUUAAAGACAAAAGACGAGCUCUUCGGACUUUUUCGGGUAAAUACAACUUGGUCAGAGAUAUGGAAUGCACUUGUUGCAUAUUGGAGUACACCAGAGUGGAGAAAGAAAUCAGAAGCUGGUAAAGCAAAUAGAAACGUAGAAAAAGAUGGGACUAUUACGAAACACUCUUGUGGUUCAAUAAAACUGGAGGUUCAUGAGAAUAAAUUGGCAAAGAAGUUAGGUAGGCAACCAACUCAACUUGAACUAUUUCGUGCCACUCACACAAAAAAGGGGAGUCAAGGUGUUUUCAUUGAUGGAAAAUCACAACGAGUUGAUGGAGCUUAUUUGACUGCCAUUGCUGAAAAUGUGAAUGACAAUUGUGAUAGUCAGUCUGCUUUUGAUUUGAAUAAGUGGAUGGAAAUUUCUGGAAGUAGUAAAGGGAGGGUUUAUGGUUUUGGAUCUUCUGAUAUUGCAAAAUCUGGAACUCCAACUACCUCUUUCUCAUGCACAUCAGCUCAUCCUGGAGGACCUUCUCAAACUAUGUUUUCUUUAGAGGAGGUUGAACAAAUAUUAGAGCAAAACCGGGUCAAAAUGAAACAAGACAUGGAGCAAAUGCAAGAGCAAAUGCGAGUGCAGAUAGAAAAGCAAAUAAAAGAUCAGAUGAAAUCAUUGAAGAACAAAAAAAAAUCUUCACCGCAUAAUCCAACUGCAGAUUGUACUUCUCUAUCAGAUGGUUCAACAAAUUCAUAGAUUAGUUUUUAGUUUUAUGAACAUUGUUAAGUAUAAUUGAUUUAUUUUAAAUUUUAUGACGAUUGUUAAGUAUUAUGAAUUUAUUUUAAAUUUUAUGAACAUUGUUAAA